AAUUGGUUUUUAAAGAGAACUUGCCACUCACAAAAUGGCGGACGCGUUUAGGUAUGGCAGUGUGCCGUCUACAUUUCGCCGAUUUAUUUUGAAAUCGGAAGUUUUGCAUUUACUUCGUCCCCAUUGGCGGGAGCGUGUCAGCUGACUUUGUUUCCUGUUGGGAGAGGAAAAGUUUUGAAACCCCACCCUCCGGCACAGUGGCUGUAAGCUACGACGUUGGAGUGGUCCGAGGUGCUGGCCGCUGAAGGCUGACCGAGGAAGAGGAACGGAGUAAGAACUUCUAACGGAACAGUUCCGCAGUUUUGACACCGUCUUUAUGAAGCGGAGCACCGAAGUGACCCGGGCCCGGCGCUGGUCUCCCAACAAGAACUAAAGUUAUCUGGAAUAGUUUGUUUUUCUUUCUUUCGGUUUUUUCCCUCCUCAGGACUGAAAAGCCAAGCAGAUUUGGAGAGCUCUUCCUGUUCCCAGAGUCGGCGCCUCGCAGUUUAUGUAUGAGCUCCUUCAUAACACAGCCAGCAUGGAUGUUGUGGCGCACGGGAAUGCGGGAUUUCCUGUGUGGUCACCGCAGUGUUGCGUUCAGACGCACUUUUUGGGUCCUCGGGCUUAAGUAAUGAACAGUGGUCAGCGCUUGAAACUUGUCGUAAAGCACUGGUUGGCUGGACUGAAUGCUCCUUUUCCUGCUAUUCUUCUCCUCCUCUCAGCGCUUCCUGCUUAUGGUGGCCACUGCUCUUAAUGGCUAAAAAUACAUAAAAACCGAGUAUGAACUACCAAGUGUGUGGGAAAUGUUGAUUUGGACUCUUAUCUGUAAGCGGUUUCAUUCCUGAACAUUAAUUUUGAACUUUGACUCUUCGUACUUGCUGCCCAACAGGUGGUUGUUCUGAAUGAGGAGGGGAAAGGAGGACAAAUUCAGUCAUAAUGAGUUGAUUCCAGAGUCUUUUAAACACAGGAUGAUGAGAUGAUAAUCUACUCAAGCCAUGUGCGGGGAAACCACACACCACAUCAAUCUUUCAGAGAGUUAAUCACUGCUGACUUUUAGAUAUUUGAUAAAUGCUACGAAAAGCAAACCAUCUGAGGACUGCUGAAAUGGAAAGAUUUGAGUUUAAUCCAAGAACAAAUGGAAGACAUUUCACUUUCAUUUGUCCCUGAAUCCUGAAGCCCACCUGUUGGUCUGACUUUUGAACACACCUCAUUGGUCCCUGAUGAGACAACAACAAAGACAGGAAAGGGAGCAAGGUGCAAUAAAGUACUCCUUUGUACUUUAUUUUCAGACCCCUGGAGUGCGCAGUCGGAUCCAGUCAGGCAAUAUAGUGGAGGUUUCAUGGAGCCGCUGAAGAACAUAUUCAGUCGUAGCUCGCUGUCGAACUGGAAGAACUUGGAUCAGUCCCAAAAAGGGAACUUCACCAACCCUGUAUGGACGGUCUUGUUUGACUAUGAGGCCUCUUGUAAAGACGAGCUCACCUUGCGUAAAGGUGACCUGGUGGAGGUUCUCUCUCAGGACUCUGAGAUAUCUGGGGAUGAGGGUUGGUGGGCAGGUAAGGUCAACAACAAGGUGGGCAUCUUCCCAUCCAACUACGGCUCCUUCAAGCCUAGUGGAUAUGCCAAGCUACCAGGUACCAGCGUAGUGGAGGAGCUGAACCGUGCUGUGGUUGGCACCGUCGAUCCCGAGGAGGUGGAUUUCCGUGAGCUGAGCUUGGAGGAGGUGAUUGGGGUUGGGGGCUUCGGGAAAGUGUAUCGAGGUACAUGGAGGGGAGAGCUGGUGGCCGUGAAGGCGGCCCGGCAAGACCCGGACGAGGACAUCAGUGUGACAGCGCAGAACGUGAAGCAGGAAGCCCAUUUGUUUGCCAUGCUCACCCACCAGAACAUCAUCGCCCUGAAGGGGGUGUGCUUGCAGGAGCCCAACCUGUGCCUCAUUAUGGAGUAUGCCUCGGGUGGGCCACUGAGCCGGGCGCUGGCCGGCCGCCGCAUCCCUCCUCACGUCCUGGUCAACUGGGCCGUGCAGAUAGCAAGAGGGAUGGUGUACCUGCACAAUGAAGCCAUCGUGCCGGUCAUCCACCGGGAUCUCAAGUCCAACAACAUCCUGCUGGCUCAGCCCAUAGAGAACGAAUGCAUGGAGGGGCUGACGUUGAAGAUCACUGACUUUGGCCUGGCGAGGGAGUGGCACAAGACCACAAAGAUGAGCACGGCCGGAACCUACGCCUGGAUGGCCCCGGAGGUCAUCAAGUCCUCCACCUUCUCCAAGGGCAGCGAUGUUUGGAGCUACGGUGUCCUGCUGUGGGAGCUGCUAACAGGGGAGGCCCCCUACAGAGGGAUUGAUGGUCUUGCCGUCGCCUAUGGAGUCGCCGUCAACAAGCUGACCCUGCCCAUCCCUUCCACCUGCCCCGAACCCUUCGCUCAGCUCAUGUCAGAAUGCUGGGACCAGGACCCUCACCGACGGCCCGACUUCGGCUCCAUCCUGACGCAGCUGACCGCCCUGGAGCAGCAGGUGAAGGAGGAGAUGCCGCAGGAGUCGUUCCACUCGCUACAGGAUGACUGGAAGCUGGAGAUCCAGGACAUGUUUGACGAACUGCGGGCCAAAGAGAAGGAGCUGCGGUGCCGCGAAGAGGAGCUGAAGCGAGCGGCCCUGGAGCAGAAGUCCCACGAAGAGUUCCUGCGGCAGCGCGAGCAGCAGCUGGCCCAGUGGGAGCAGGACGUGUUCGAACGCGAGCUCAGCCUCCUCAUCCUCCACCUGAACCAGAACCAGGAGAAGCCCAACGUCAAGAAGCGCAAGGGCACCUUCAAGAAGCACAAGCUCAAGAGCAAGAACGGCGAGAAGAUCAGCAUGCCACAAGAUUUCAUCCAUAAAAUUACAGUGCAGGCAUCCCCAGGCCUGGAAAAGAGGCGGAACUCUCCGGAUUUGGGUUCGGGCUCCUCGCCGUCCUUCGGCCCACGGUUUCGUGCAAUCCAACUCAGUCCCAGCGACAGCAGGACGUUUUGUCUGGCCCCGGUCCGGUCAUUAGAGACCCCGUCUCACAAGCAGUCCAACGGAGACAUGAGGCUGAACCCACACUGGAGGCCCCAGAGCCCGAAGAGUCCCAAAAGCCCCAAGGUUCUGCGGCUGAGUCCCCAGGAAAGCAGUUUAUCGAUGAGGGCCAAGCUGCUGGAGUCGGACAGCAACGAGAACGGAGAUGCCAUGGACGACUUCGAGGAGUACCGCCCCCCCACGCCGACCUCGGCUUCCACUCAGAACGGCUCCUCGUCGAAGGACAGCCUCCGCCUCCCCCCUUCCCAGGGAGACUCUGGCAGCGAGGAGGGGGGCUACUCCCCGGCCGGCUCCCCCAUGCCUGAGAGGGGGUUCCUUGGCGGCGCCGUCAAGAACACGCACCGGGCAUUGCUAGGCUGCGGCUCCCUCUUGUCCUCCGUGGCAUUGGGUCGGGGCUUGGACGUCCCCCCCAGAGUUCCCCCUCGAACUAACCCCCCCGCCUUGGAGGAACGCUCCUCCUUCGAGCUGGAGAUCUCCCCCCCCAGGCCGCUCAUAACUGACCCCCCGGUGGUGGACGAUCUCAUCACCUUCUCCACCUCUGAGCCGCUCCCCAAGCCGCUGCUGGAUUUAGCCCUGCAGUACCAGGAGCUGAAGCCGUUGCCCCUGACGCCACCACCGCCCAACCCUCGCGAAAGGUCCGGCCCUCGGACGCCGCAGACGCACCACAGCGGCCCGCCGAGCCCGGGGACCCCACUGCAGCAGGACGGCGCUGUCCCGGCGGACUGGACCGCUAGUUCUGGUUCCAGCAACGGAGAGCUGAGCAGCGAGGCCUGGGAGCACCGACCCGACCGCAGGAGGAGGUCCAGCUACGGCCUGCACGCCUCCCAGCUGGUUUUAGAUCUCCCCCUAUGCCAAGACACACUGGACUUUGAGGACAAGACCUCCGUACCCUACGCCCUCCACCCCAACCCAGCGCUAUGGAGCCCCAAAACCCGCCGCCUAGAGGUCAGUGUCAUCCCCCGGCCACGCCCGUCUCCCAUCCGGCCCCGCAUCGACCCUUGGAGCUUCAUCUCGGCGGGUGGUGCCAUCUCAGCAGGCGGCCGCAGCCCCAUCCGCUCAGACGGCCACGCCCUGGGCUACCAGCCCUCGCCCACCAACCCCUUCACCAGCUGUGACCCUUUCCCCUCUCCGGACUGCGACCCCUUCGCCCUCAAGGCGGACCCUUCUAGCAGCUCCGAUGGCACGCCGCCCUUCGACCCAUUCUCCGCUCCGUUCCCGAUCUCCCGAUCCGCCCCGUGCUCCACCAACGGCUCGCCCACGCUGCCCUCGUUCCGCAUCGCACCCAUCAACCCGGCGGACCCGGCCUUCAUGGACCUGGGCUGGGCGGCCUGUGGCAAGCCUCUGGACAUGACCAAAGAGAGAGCCCACCCCCGCAGGACGCUGGGGCUCAAGCCCUUCAAGUCGCCAACGCAACUCAGAGACGAUCGCUUCUGAAUCCAAAUCUCAUUCCCAGUCAUGGAUUAUAUGGAAUGCAGACUUCAUCCCAGCUAUACCUGAGUGAGGUUGACCCCGCCCCCAACUUCUUCAAAUUGAGUGUAAUUGGUGUCAAACAUUUGUGCUACGUUUGUGCUGCUCAAAUUUUAAUUAAUGUUAAUAAAUGUUUCUGGAGGUCAUCAAAGGUCAAUCAGCCACUCCACAUUUACAAAAUCAAACAACAUAUGGUGCCUCAAACCAUUUGUGCUUGUUUGUGCAGCUAUAAUAUUUAAGAUUUUUUUUUUUUUUUUAAGUUUCAGAAGAUCAACCUGCCCCUACCGCCUCCGCACUAACAAAAUUAAACUGCACUAAUAUAAACGAAUUGUGCUAUGUGUUUGUGCUGGUUAGUACAGCUAAAAUUUUAGUAGCACCAAAUUUGACACAGAAUUUGGUGUACCUCAAAGAGUAUCUGGAAACGUCGUGAUUUGGUAGAAGACGUCUGGGGGAGUCUGGUGACCUAGAAAUCUUAAAAAUCACAGUGGCACAAACAAAAAUGAAUACUGCACAAAUGUAGUCCUGUUGAUUGAAACCAUAUGUUGUUUGAUUUUGUAAAUGUGGAAUAGCUGGUCGACUUUGUUGGCCUCUGGAAACAUUUAGUAAUAUCUUUUAAAAUGACAGCGGCACAAAUGAAGAUUUUUGCUGCACCAAUUUUGUUUAAUUUGAAGAAGGUGGCGGUUGCGGAGCAACUUCAAUCAGGUGCCAAUCCAAUUCAGUCCAGGACCAUUUUCACUACUGUUGUUUUCUUUUUUUUUUUUUUUAGUUUUGUGUUUGUCGUUGGGACGAAAACUUGGAACCUUUCAAAUUAAAAUCCCACUGAGGGUAGGGAGCUGCAGGCAUUGUAGUUCUUCUUUCUACCCCAGCCUGGUGCUUUGGAGAGCAGAAAGCCAGGGGAAAAGGUGAUACAAUGGAUUGUGGGAUAUCUGCCUGUGAACCAACGGCUGGUGCCAAUUUCAUUUUUCUUUUUCAUUUUUUCCCUGCGUCUCGUCUGUGUUACUGCUGUCCCUUUGAAGGAGCAGAAUCCAGAUCAGCAGCCUCAUCUUGAUCUUCUGUCAUCCUGCUCCUAUCAGCUGCUUUCAUCUCCCCCCGCUGCUUUGAAGCAUUGUGACAAUGCAGAGGUAGAUCAGGCCAUUUCUUUUUUUUUUUUUUUUUUUUUUACAGCUUCAUCCUGCAGACUGAAAGCAGUCAGGACAAUGAAAGAAAAUUGGAGUGCCUUAUUUUGUGAAGUGUUUUUAAUAUAUAUAUCUUUAUCUCUUAAAGGUUCCCCUGAACCGUUUAGCUGGUGCGUUAGACAAGAUUUGACCUAAAUUUUCCAGAUCAUGUAAGAAAAGAAAAAAAAAAGAAGGAAAAAAAAUCAAAUGCUUGUGAGUGUGUCUCAUUGUUGAAAGAAAGCUUCUUUUCUUUUUCUUUUUUUUUUAACAGUUUUGUUGCUUUAUGGGAGAAUCCACUCUGUAGAUAUUCUAGGCCGCUCAUGAAAUCCAAGACGAAAACCGCGACCCGGGCGUUACCCCCCUCUUACCCCCCCACCUUGAGAAGUAGAAAGCAUUCCAGUCACAUUCCUCGGGAAAUGCCAGGGAUUGGACGGAUCCACUGGGCUGGCAGGCGACACGGCGGCACAGGAAGCGGGACGGAGAGCCCUCCGCCGCCCCCCACCCCUCCUUUCUCCUGCCAAAGAAUGCCGCCCAGCGCUCGGACAAAAGGUGCUUACAAAUAAGCGGUUUUGGGCUCCGCGCUGCGCCGGGCGGAGGCAGCAGGGAUUCACAUGCAGAGCAGCGCACAGAGCCUUGGUGGAAACACAAAUACAUUUUAUUAUCAUGAGAGUUAAAUGAUAUUCUCCAUAAAACUUACUAAAUGCUCGAAAGCUUUUUUUAAAGAACGUCUGGAGUUUUCAUAGAAUCUGAAUCUGGUUUAGAGAACUUCAUGCUGGUGGAGUUCUCAGUUUAAAGGCGUUCUGGAUGCAGCGCUUAGGAAGGUAUUCCAGCUAAGACAGCUCAGUUCCUACCGAGGUUUUUAGAUUUUAAUUAACUUUUCACGUUUUUUUUCCCCCCCCCAUCAUUGUAAAGCAGCUAUAUGACUUAUUCUGGCAUUUUAUAGAAAAAUUUGUCAGAAUUUUGAGAUUGUCUGAAUUUUGACUUUUUCCAAUUUUUGAUUUGGGGGGAAAAAAAAUAAAAAUUAAGAAGAAAAAUCAAAGUUUUGAUUUGAGUCAUUUCUGCAAAAGUCAUAGUUGUGAGAUUAAUUUGAUUUCAGACCUUUUUUUAAAUUCAGAUAAGAAAUAAACUCAAUUCUGAUGUUGAUUAGAAUUGUCUGAAAUUCUGAAAUGACUUUCUUUCAGUAUUCUGAUUUUGAGAUUAAAGUCUGAAUUAUUUUUUGUGGCCUGUUGCUGCUUACAGAAGGCUAACCUCUGUAAUCAUUAAGCUAAGAUAGCUUAAUGAUUUCUUUUUAUUUUCCUACAAAGUUGCAAAAUGGCAUCUUUAAACUUUAAAUAAUAACUUCAUAGAACCUCAAUUUAAGAAAUGUAAGCUUUAGGAAGAUUCUUGCUUAUUCUGAACUGAUAAUUACCUCUCAAACAUUUCAGAUUCAUUCAAAUUUGUCCAUAUAGUCCUAAAUGUAAAUCAUCCUAAUGUGUUUCCUAGUUUGGCCUGCUCAGACAUUUCAAUAUCCUGCUAUCUGCAGCUCACUCCUCUGCAUGUGCCACUAUGGAGUUGCCAGGCAACUAGCUGAGACGUUUAGGCCAAGUUACACAAUCAAAUUGGUUGAUUUUUGCUACAUUUGAUCCGAGCCUGUCUGGCUGUUUUUGGUUGGCUUCAUGCUUUAGGUCUGUUUUUUGUUGUUUCGAAUCGUUCUCAUCAAAGUCUUACAUCUCAUUUGCAUUCCAGAUUAAGUUUUUGUUGCUUUGCACCUGUUCCAAAUCACCAACGUAGCUUCCUGUUGACACCUGGAUCAUCUUAUUGCACGUCACACAUGCUCAGACACUUUUCAUAGGAUUUCUGUGAAACCGCUGUGGGAAAUGUUAAUUUGCACCUGAAGCUGAACUUCCUGCUGCAGCGAAGACGUCUUAUCCUCAGGAGUGUGUUGAAUAUCAGAGUAAUGAUUCAUACCAGCCUCUAUGAUUUGCUUAUUUCAAAAUGGCCUCUUUAUUACAUGAUUGUUUUGCAAGUGAGCACCUGAAAGAGACCCACUGAUUUAUAGCAGACAGUCUUCCUAUUAGCUAAAAAUAGUUUGAAAUAUGACAAAAACUCUGACUGGCCGUGUCACCAGAAUACAUUCAUGGAAAAGCUAAAAUAAAGUAUUUUUCUUCAUAUAAAAUAGUAUAAAUAUAUUUAUUUUUUACAUUCAUAAUACACAACCGAUGAGCUAGUAGUUACUGUACCAGCUCAUUUAGAUGGGAUUUGAACACAACGGGGAAAAAACUAGGCUGAAAUGGUAAAAGUAAGUUGUAAAUUAAAGCUUUAUUAAAAAAAAUAAGGACUGGACUUGAAGAACUAACUAAAGAAUUAUUUCAUUAGCUAGCAUGAGAGACUUAGUAGUAGCAAUUUCAACUAACUGCCAGAGGUAAUUCUUGCUUUAAAACCGUUUAUUUUGUUUAAAUAAUGUAAAGUCAUUACCAAACUGAGUUAGAUUUAUGAAUAACUUUCUCCUGUGUACCCCUGAGAUACCUCUGAGCCUCCUGAUAAGGGCGGGGGUAGCAUGGCGCUAACAAAGUGAUCAGAUAUUUGGGUAAUUAAUUAGCCCUGGUGAUGCCGUGCUUUGGGCCAGAAGUCGGUCUGCUUCCUGUGUCGGCUCCCAUCCAGAUCCAUGUUGUGUCCUGUUUUCUCUUUUUUGAACGUGUGAAGUUUCGGAGCCCGUGUGAGCUGGGGUCUCCUCCCUUUCCGUUCCUUUUUGUUGCUCUGUGCCAGCGGCUACAGCUGCUGACUGCACCGUUUCUUCAUCGCCUUUGUUUCUGAGGCUGUUUCUGCUUCUGCAGCCUUUCCCUCCUCUCAUCUUGUUUACCUGGCCGUUCUUCAUUUCUCCUUUGACGUCUCCUUACCGUCUCAGUUUUUGGGGUAUUUUGUCAUGAAUAGUCCUGGCAUCGGGGGAGCCAAUUCAGUUCUGUAACACCCAUGAAGUGCCGGAGGGUGGGAGAGGGAAAAAAAAUAAAGUGGCAUUUGUUCUAGGGCAGGGUCUAUUAACCGUGGAGCAAUUGUUUUCUUUUUGACACAUUCUGUUCUGGUCCAAAUCAUUUACUGGGAUUUCAAGCAAUGUGCAGUCCCACUGCUUCCUAGCUCUAAAAGUUUUAAAGCUGUCUUAAAUGGCCACAAGAUUUGCUAAAUGGCUGCCAGUUAGGAAAAGACAAUUAUCCUUAGAAUGAGAAGUCUGAAACCACAAAACGGUAUGCCACAAUGGCUGCUGAAAGAAACUCUCAUGACAAAUGGUUCCUAGUUAUUUUGUACCCACAAUUUUCUAUUUCAUCUACAGCUGCAAAACAGCUUUUUUUUUACUUAUUUAUUUUAUUUCACAGAGAUGAUGUACAACAUUUCAUUAACCUUUUAAGGAGAGAGAUCCAUGGUACCAAGUUGUAGCAACUACACCCCAUAGACAGGUUGAUUAUAUCAACCUGUUCAUGAAUUUACCAUAUUAUGAAUUCAUGAUGUUCAGGAUGUUCUUUUGUUGUCCUUCACUAGCCACACCUGAUCUACAUCUACUGACCCUUUUCCACUAGUACCAACUCAGCAAGACUCGACUCAGUUCCAAGUGUUUUCCACUGGCAGCAGCUACAUGGCCUACUUUGCUACCAAGCAAAGUAGGCUGAAAACACAACGUCAAAAUGGUGUCGGUCUCUAGUUGGGUCAUAAGGGCAACGCCCUUAGGAAAAUCAGACCUACGAUUCAUAAAAACUCAGUGAGCAUAUUUGGGUUAGGGUUAGGCAAUUCUGAAAUUGCUAAGGACGAGGUGCAGACAUUUUGCGCUUGCAUCAUAUACAGAUCAGGUUGGGGUACUUUUCACUUUUCAGUGAUGGCCUUUUACUGCACCCACACAAAGCUGGUCCCCAAUUAUAGUGGAGAAUGACUCAAACUGAGUGGACACAAGUCAAGUCAUAAUGAGUAGGUAAUAGUGGAAGAGGGCCAAUAAUGAAUAUGUUUCUGAAGGAGGUUGGUAGAGACAUCAUUAACUAGACAAGUCUCCAAAUUUCCUUGCAUUAGACUAUGAGCAGAUGCGGAUGGACAAUAAAUCAAUGAUAUCGCAGUAGACACGUGUUCAAUAUCAAUCAAAAAAAUGACUAAUAGCAUGUUAAUAAUUUCACUGAGCCAAAAAGCAAAAACCAAAAUUUCCAGAACCAAAAAGCAUUCAGGGGGUGUAGGCAGAGGUUGGGUGCCAUUGACUCGGUCACUCUUCAACCAGAAAGUGAGUGAGUUAUUCGUUGAAUAAGUUGCGCAGCAGCAGUUUCAGAUUUAAGUUAAAGAGGGUAUGAAUUGAAAUCCCAGAAAGGUCAGUCAUGAAUUGACCAGAACAAAGAUCUAAAACAGCAACAGAAAAAACCAACCAGCUCCCAAAACAGACAUGUUUGUUAAAAUGAACUAGUUAAAAUGAUCCAAGCAAACAAAAUAUAAUGACUUGCAACUUUGAUUGCAAGCGGACACUUAAUGCCUCGCCUCAGUAUGUCAACACGUUAAAGCAGGCGCUAUCUUAUGAUAGUCGUUACCUUUGGGCGGCUGCUGUUUUCGGUGAUCAAAAAAGUGCGUCGAGGAAUCUGAGAUGAUUGAAAUUUUUGGGGAAAUUGCUUCAGUCACGUUUUCUGUGUGAAGUAUCCUCUUCCAGCUGUCAUUCAGUAACCCGCCUAGGCUAGAUUUGAAUUUUCCUUCAGAGAUUUGGUUUUGGAAAACAUUUCUCGUCGUUUUCUAUUUAAUAAUUGAGGACCCUAAAAUAUGACUCGAAAUAAAAGGAGUCUCUUGUGCUUCUCACAGAUGAUUACUUUCCUACCUGCAGUCAGAGGGGGGAAUGUUUUUCCUUCUGGUAAUCACUGCUGUUGUGGAUUGACCCAGAAUGAAUAAGCGCUUGUUUUUGCACACAUACAAAAAUACUCCCCGCACUCGCUUUCCCUGAACUUGGUUUUCUAAUUUGCUAGCUGUGAGGAAAAGGCUUGACACAUUUUAUUCAGGAUGUCUUUGACAGGGAUGUCUGAUUCUUGGUUUUGGCUGUCAGAUUUAAGAAGCGUAGCUGCCAUUCGUCGCCCCUGAGCUGACAACCUACGCUUCCACAAAAAAGUCCUGAUGAGUCUCUGCGCGUCUCGGCAGCAGGCAGUCCGUCACCACAAGUCACUGUCCUGAGUGCAGCUGACAGGUAGUCAAGUCCCUCCGGCCCCAUUUGACAAACUUCAUUUAAAGACAUGCCCGGACCAUUUACAGUAAUAACUAAAUGCAAAGAUGGCCAGUGUGUCACCUGACGAAAAUCAGCAAAGAAAGCACUGACCCCUUUGAGACUGCUCGCAGUAAUGUUACAAUCGACUGUUACAAAAUGAAAGCUUGCUCAGUUUUAUCCAAAGUUAGUUUAUUGGAUCUGCGAAAAGUCAUCUUUACAUUCAUGCUUAUUUUUCCCUGUUUACUUUGAUUUAGACGUUGAGUUAGCUGGUGCAGUUAUUAGAAUUAGCAUUUUAAUUCCAUUUGGAAACACUGAAUUGCAUUUCAGGAACAUAUCUUGUUUGGGUGUUGAAGCCAAUGUACAAUGUAUUGAUUAUAGCUGUUAAUGGGAGAGUGUAGCAUCAGCUGGCUAGCUCUUCUCCCAGCAUUAACACUAAUUGGACACUUUUUGCUGAAGUGCGUCAAGACUGAGCAGAUUAGUGGAUUUCAGCUGAAGGCUUCUAAAAGGAACAUUUUGGUUUAAACUGAGACUGAAAGCUUCUAUGGUUUUUGCCCCAAAUAGAAAAUAACAUUUGUGUUUUGACGCCCUUGAGAGAAAAUUAUGUUUAAUUUGUUUGUCACAUGUUGUUGAAGUAUUUCCCUAACCCUAACAGAUCUUUUUUUGGGUACAAUAAUACUCAACAUAUGCACAUAUCAUACUGGUCAUAUUUUUUGGUAGUAGGAGCAUUUAGAUUUGAACAGAAGAACUAAAGUAGCUUGAACUUACAAUAGUUAAACCACAAAGUAAAGCUUUAUUAAAAACAACUAAAUCAAUAGAAGAAACUUGAAAGCUAACUGAACAAUAUUUUGAUAGCUAGCUUGAUUGACUUAGCAGUAGCAUUUUCUUUUUAUUAUUAAAAUAUUAUUAGCAAAUUUUGUUUGGUUUAUGCAUAACUUCCCACUGUGAAUCCAAUUCUAGUGAUAUUUUUGAUGGGUGCUAUACGUCACAAUUUAAAUUGAGGUUUGUGCUGAUUUCUAGAUUUGCAUACAUAAGAAAAACUAAAAAUAAUAAACUAGGCUUAAUUAUUUUUGAUACAGUCAUAAAGUUAAGCUAUAACAAAAACAUAAGUAGCUGAACUGGGUCAAUAUAAGAAAUGUAAAAAGCUAACUAAAUUCUUUUGUUGGCUAGCUUGAUUAACUUAGCAAUUUCAGUGAGCUGCUACAUUAGGACUAAAAUAAAUUAAAAUCUUAGAUUUAUUUAUACGUUCCCACUGUGUAAUAUUUCUUUUUCUUGUUUUUGUUUUUCCUAGCUGAAUCUGAAAUAUAAAUCUGUUUGUGUUGGUAGCUGGUUUGUGUGUUCCCAUCUUCUAGUUUCUGAAAACCAUGCAGACACAAUCCAAUUCACUUCUCUGUCAAAAAAAACAAACAAAAAAAAUAGACAGGGUAAAUAACAUAAAUCAAUGUGCUAUAUGCAACUGCAACAACAUGGUGGGAUGAUGAUGGAGGUAGGAAAUAUAUUACUUUAAAGCCUUCAGGGUAAACUAACCAAGCUCUGGAACAAGAAAAAAACCCCAGAAGAACCUUUGUCAGUGAGGUAGGGAAAAUGAAAUAGAUCAUUUGAAUUUCUAAAGAGCUGAGAAAGAAUAGUGUGCCCUUAAACAUGGCAGGUUUCUGCAGCUUGGCUUAAAAUUUUCUUAUUUUUUUCCCCAACAGUUGCAUUUCUCCAGGGAAAAUUAGAAGCAGUUCAGUAAGACUAGAUUCAAACUGCUUCAAUUCAGUUUUUACUUUGGCAAGCUGGUUAUUAUUUAACUCCUACAGUACCAUGAUAUGGUGGCUCUCCAUUUAUCACUGGCAGUUUCUUUUGUUUGCUUGCAGUCAAUUAGGUGGAUGUUGCAAAUGUGUGGUUUUCUGGCUUGCCACAAUGACUUCUCAGCUUCCUGUCUAAGCCAGAAACAUUAUUUAGCGUUUAUGAAAGUGAAACACCUGCCCGGACCUUUGUUUGGCCCCAUUAGGCCGGCACCAAAUGAUUAAAUCUGACCUUUCGCUGACCGUUCAGCGACGGCGGAACCCCGGUGGGGGAUGCGGACAAAAGCCCACGUCCGUGAGAGAUCGCCAGCAGGUGCAGGAGCUUAAUGCUCGCCCUCCGAAAAAAACUGUGAAUAUUAUUUCUAAUUCUUUCGGCACAGGCACCCAAGGUCACAAUCUGCUGUCCUCUUCUCUUCCAAUAACAAUGAAAACGAAAUGAAUAGGAGCCACGAAAGAAAGGCCGAUUGGUUUCCAAGAGCACAGCGCCGGCUCCUGCGGACAACUGGCAGCACGUCUGGAAAAUAAACACAGAUUUCAGCGAGGUUAUCAAGUCCAAGCUCAAACACGCUUCCCUCAUUGAACUCAACAGCAUGCGGCAGCCGCUUGCUCGUGAUUAUUGCUCCAUCUAGUUACUGACACUCAAUUACCUUUGUCAUCUUCCUCUCUAGCAGAAGCUAUUCAGUUUGUAAAUUUCUGUUUUUUUUGGAGAAUGGUACAGCCCUGCUACAAAUCAAUUUGGCUGAAUGAACUCUGAUCAGCCCUUAGAUAUGGAGGCGCUAAAUGAUUUAUUACAGUUUGCUCCUACAGAUAGAUGAUCUUCUCUGCCUUUCUCUUGUUCAUUUGAUAAACCAAUACAGAUCACAGUUCACAAGCAAUCUCUUUCGAUCUUUAAAAGGACUGUAAAAAAGUAUUUCCCCCCUUUUCGGUUGGUUUGGUUUAAAAUGCUAAUCGUAAUGUGUAAUUCAAAACCUCAGCUCACUUAGCUGCAAAGACUGUAUGAAAUAAUUAUCGUCUCCUGUAAAUCCUGCUGGUGCGGCUGAAUUGCAAGCAUUCUGCAAAGACAGAAUUUAUCUACAGCAAAGUAAAAAAAACUGACAGUUAUCACCAGUCACCUUUUUAAUACCAUUAUGAAUGAAAUUUAAGACCUGUAGUGCUAUAGAACUGUAUAAACAACGAUAAAUUGCCUAUAAAUUUGCACUUUACUCGUGAUGGAUGGAUAGCUAUCCAUCCAUCACGAGUAAUUGAUGGAUGGAUAUCAAUUACUCCAUCCAUCUGGCUCAACUGAAGAUGUCUCUUGCAACUUGAAUUCUAGCCUGACAGAAAAGUCCCACGAGAAAAAUAAAAUAAAUAAAUAAAAUAAAUAUACACACACAAGACUACAUUUGCCACAACAAAUUAUUAACACGUAAUUAACACAUUUAAGGACAAACUUGAAUAAAAAAAAAAAAAGUAUUUAGGACAUUUUAAUUGUGCGCUGACAUCCUGUUGAUGGUAGUCGCUGCCAGAGGGAACAACUACUUUCCUGGUUUAAGAAAUAUUUGAAAUGUUGGACUUGAUAGCUUCUUUUUUUCCUUCUUAUCCUCCUUUCACAAAGCAGUUUUGCUUGCUCUCAGGUUAUCUUCGGUGUUCAAAUCACUUUGACAUUUUCAAUAAUUAUAUUUCGAGUUUGACCAGCAAACGCUGUUUCAUCACAACACUGCGAGGGGAAGCCAGGAAGUUUGUAACCGCUUUACCUCUGAGGGCUAACUUGUUUUAUCUACUGGCAAAUUAUCCCAAUUAUGAUCAUGUAAGGCAUUUAAAAGUAAUUAACAGAAGCCUGAGAGUAUUUAGCAGUGGGUGGUCUCUUUCAGGUGUUCAUUAGAGCUGAACUCCCAAUGAUCCACAGAUGCAAUUUGCAAGGUUUUGGUUGGAACAAAUCCCUGUGACUUACUAGUCAAAUGUUUUCGCUUUCAACCUCUAAAGGUUUAUUUUUAUUUUUUUUAACUUCCCUGCUCACAGUUUUUCCAUACGACGGUCAAAAAGGAUAUUUAUGACUGGCCACCUUCUUAAACACUGGAUAGAGACUCUUUCAAGGUGGCCGUUGACGCAGUCUACUUUAAGAUGAUAAAUACUUGUUUUAGGUUUUCACUGGAGUCUUGACGAGGCAUGCUUUUGGGUGCUUCUAUUUCUUCAUUUUUAAUGUAAAAUAUUUUCUCUACAGGGUGCUGUCAGAGUUUCUUUGCCUUUUGAGGAUUAAAAGUUGAGCUAUUUCGGUAAAAAUAUGCAGAAAUUUCAGCCUAAUGUUUCUUUGGGGCACCCAAACUUCCAAUUUUAUGUUGAACUGCUUAACUGCUUUUUUUUCUCCGCUCCUUUUUACUUUUUUCUUUUUUUUUGACCACAGACAUGCUUCAGCCUGUACGUGCAUGUUGUAACUGUUUGACCGUCUCUACUCAAGCGAGUUAAAGACUUUGCAGGCCUUCGUGCUUUUUCAAAAAUCCUCCUCAAUUUUAAUUUUUUUUUUUUUGUGUGAAAUCUCGCACUGGGCUGGGCCUGAAUCAACUGUUUUUACUGUGCGUCGAGAGUAUUAUUUCUGUAUGCAGUAUGUGAAAGUGUUUUUAUUUCUUAUGACUAUUAUAAUGGGUUUUAACCUGUGGAGAGGAACAAAAAGCUGAAAAAAAAAAAGAAACGACCAAAUAAAACGUAACACUCCUGA